AUGAGUGAUGCAGUGGUGGAAUCGGUCGCGCAAGCCGCGGAAAAUAUAACGGAGACGAUCACAAAUGCAAAGACCCCAUCGACUCCUGAAGGGAUGGCUGUCGCCUACGGGAGCCUCGUCAUAAUGGCCAUCCUGCCGAUUUUCUUCGGGUCGCGACGUUCUGUCGAGCAUCAUAAAAUCAAGAAGCAAACAGGAGAAAAGGCUGACACGAUGACAUCAAAGGAUGCGAUGAUGUUCCCGGUAAUAGCAUCAGGAGCUCUCGUCGCGCUCUAUCUAUUCUUCAAAAUCUUCUCGAAGGAAUAUGUGAAUCUACUUUUAACAGGAUACUUCUUCUUCCUGGGUGUGAUUGCCCUAUCCCAUCUUCUUAGCCCAAUUAUCGGAUCACUAAUACCAACAGCCAUUCCAAAAAUACCAUUCCAUUUGCUUUUCACACAAGGCGAAGGCAAAGAGAAGAAGGAUAUUGUCAAUUAUAAGUUUUCGACGCACGACAUCAUCUGUCUCAUCAUCUCCAUUGUAAUUGGCGUGUGGUAUUUGUACAAGAAACAUUGGAUUGCGAACAAUCUAUUUGGCGUUGCUUUUGCCGUGAACGGUGUGGAGCUGCUACAUUUGAAUAAUGUUGUGACCGGAUGUAUCCUACUUGGUGGACUUUUUGUCUACGAUAUUUUCUGGGUGUUCGGUACAAACGUAAUGGUGACUGUGGCCAAAAGCUUCGAAGCCCCAAUUAAAUUGGUAUUUCCUCAAGAUCUUAUCACUAAUGGCUUGAAUGCUUCGAAUUUUGCCAUGUUGGGUUUAGGAGAUAUCGUUAUUCCUGGUAUAUUCAUCGCUCUCCUGUUGCGAUAUGACCAUAGUCUGAAGCGCAAAAGCAACACGUAUUUCAUUAGUACAUUAAUCGCUUAUUUCCUGGGCUUGAUGGCAACUAUUUUUGUUAUGCAUGUAUUCAAACAUGCCCAACCCGCUCUCCUGUAUUUAGUUCCAGCUUGCUUGGCUACACCAUUGGCAAUUGCAUUAAUUAAAGGAGAUCUCAAGACUUUGUUCGCCUAUGAAGACCAUCCAGAAGAUAAAACUAAAGACAAAGAAGAGAAGGAAAAGAAGAAAGAUUCAAAAAAAUCCAAGUAAAUGCUGUCUUCUAUUGAACCCGUAUAUUUUUCAUUUUUUCGAAAAAUGGGUACCCUAAUACUUAAAAUCAAUGCAAAAGCUAAACAAAUCAGACAAAGCUACAAAUUCCCGGAUAAUAUGUUUCAAUUUGAGACAUCUUCCCCCACAAGUGACCGUGUCGUUUUUCGGUAACUGAUAAAAAGAUUGAAGAAAAGUGCUUGCAUAAUGGUCGGAAAAUUCGGGUCAUUUAUAUUCAUAUUUACAAUUUUGUUAAACUUCUUUUAGAAAAAAAUGUGUGUUUAUUUAAGGAAAACAUGCUUUUUACAAAAGACACAAAAAAAUUGAAUAAUAAUCAUGUGAAAUUACAAAUA